UAGAACAAGUCAAUUUUCUAUUUUCUUAUUAUUAUUAAGACUUGAAGAACAAGGUAAUCAAAGCUUACAAGUUGAAAUCUCUUAAACGAAUUACGAAAUCUUUGGUCACACAAACUCAAUCAGGAGACAUGGAGGAUCAGAUCGAAGUAGGAAAUUUUUCAAGUUCCAUGUGUAGUAGCAACUUAAAACAAGAUGAAGUAGCUAUAGUUAUGGUUCCAUUUCCAGGACAAGGCCAUCUCAAUCAACUUCUUCAACUUGCUUGUUUAGUUUCCUCAUCAUAUGAUCUUCCUGUCUAUUAUGUUAGCUCAGCUAUAAAUAAUCUUCAAGCUCGGGUUCGAGCCAACGGGUUAAAUCCUUCAGACAUAGCCAAAAUCCACUUCCAUGAUAUCCCAACACCUGAUUUUACCUCCCCUGCACCUGAUCCUAAUGCAUUGAGCAAAUUUCCAUCACAUCUUGAGCCAUCAUGGGAUGCUUGUAUGCUUCUUCGCGAGCCCAUUGCUUCCUUCUUACGUAAUAUUUCCUCAAAAUCAAGACGAGUCGUUGUUGUUCAUGAUUCUUUAAUGUCCUAUAACGUUCAGGACGUUUCUUCCUUGCAUAACACGGAAUCCUAUAUAUUUAAUUGCAUUUCAGUGUUCACUUUUUACUGUUUGAUAUGCUUGUCUGUUGGAAUUUCUGUUCAACUUGAAGAGGAAUUGCUUAAAAAGUUACCUUCCCUUGAAGGAAUUAUGACGGAUAAAAUCAGAGAUCGCGGAGCUUCUCAGAGUCCAUAUCUGGAUAUUAGAUCAGGUGAUAUACAUAAUACAAGCAAAGUAAUUGAAGGAAAGUUUCUUGAUUUGUUGUCACAGUUUCAGAACAAGAAAAAUUGGGCAAUUGGACCAGUUUUGCCUACUAAACUAGAUCGAGCCUCGAAUAGGGAGAAUAUAUGUUUGGAUUGGCUUAACAAACAACCUCCAAGAUCAGUUCUUUAUGUAUCUUUUGGAACAACAACUUCAUUUUCUGAUAGGGAAAUCAAGGAGCUCGCUAUGGGAUUAGAGCAGAGCAAACAGAGGUUCCUAUGGGUGUUAAGAGACGCCGAUAGAGGAGAUAUCUUUAAAGGGGAAGAUAGAAAAGUUGAGUUGCCUCAAGGAUUUGAGGAAAGAGUAAAAGGGGUUGGGUUAGUGGUAAGAGAAUGGGCACCACAACCAGAAAUCUUGGCUCAUACGUCCACAUGCGGGUUCAUGAGUCAUUGUGGAUGGAAUUCUUCUAUAGAGAGUAUUACUAUGGGAGUGCCUAUAGCUGCUUGGCCUAUGCACUCGGACCAACCAAUGACUGGUUUCUUGUUGACGGAAGUGUUGAAAAUAGGCCUGAUUGUGAGGGAGUGGGAGAAACGUGAGGAGCUGGUGAAUGCAUCCACGAUUGAGAAUGUCGUGAGGAAGUUGAUGGCAUCAGAAGAAGGCGAUGUGAUUAGAAAAAGAACAGAAGAAUUGGGAGAAGCUGUAAGGCGGUCCACAGAGAAAGGGGGAGCUUCUCGAAUGGAGUUGGAUUCUUUCAUCUCGCAUAUCACAAGAUAGAACUUGAUUUUCAAUUACUACCUUAAAUUUCUUUAAUCUUGGAAUGUUCAGUGUCUUGUAACUUUUAUGCCUAUCAGUGUGAUGAUUCCUUUGUAUUUCUCUCUUAACAUGAAUAUAGGUUUGCCAAAAUCUCUUUUACA